UAAACUCGCCCGGGGAUGCCGGUGCCGGUAUCGGGGAGGCGCUGGGAUGGCCCCGGUGCGGGGGAUGCCCGGCCCCGGUGCAGGGGAUGCCCGCAGCCAUCGCGGCCCCGGGGCGGGGGAUGCCCGCAGCCAUCGCGCUCCCGUUCCCGCCCCCGCUCCCGCCGUGCCGGGGCCGCCCCGGGGCGGCGGCGGGGCGGCGGCGCCCCCUGCCGGUGCCCGCGGGCGGUGACGCCAUCCCCGCCCGGCCCCGCCCCGGAGCGGCGGCCGCGCGGCGCCGCCAUGUCGGGAGCGGCGGGGCCGGGUCCGCCCGCCGGGCCGGGCCGCUCCCCGCUGCCCUGCGCCCCCCGCCCCGCCGCCCCGCUCCAGCUGGCCGGGGGGGCCGAGCCCGCACGGCCCGGCGUCGCCGUCAUCGACCUCCGCUUCCCCCGCGGCGCUGCCGCCGACGUGAGUGCGGCCGCGCCCGCCGCGGUGCAGGAGAUCGUGUUCAGGAACUUCUACACGGCGUUCCUGAGCGUGCGGGUGCAGCGGCCCGGUCCCAGCGGGUCCCGGCGCUGGGUGACCUGCCUGCGGGACCUGUGCCUGAUGCCUUGCCCACACACCGAGGAGGGUUCCCAGGACUACUUCUGCCUCCACCGGCACCAGAUGCUGUGUGAUGUGGACCAGGUGACAGCAAUGCGAUUCAUCCUGCGACAGCCCUCCCCAGUCUGGCUCCACUUCACCAUCGAGGACCUGCAGAUUUUCCCCCCUGGACAGAAGAGUCCGCAGAAGGAUUUUCCCUCCUGGCUCUCCCAGCUGACCCCUCCGGAGCAGCCAGCCAGUCUGCACGGGGAGCUCCCUGAUCCGGAGAAGGUGUCGACAGAGGUCCAGCAAAUGUGGGUGCUGACAGAGGUGAUCCGGGCUCGCCAGGCAGCUGCCCGCAUCGGGCGCUUUGACGUGGAUGGCUGCUACGAUGUCAACCUGCUUUCCUACACCUGAACCCACUGGUGCUGGUGCCAGCUGGGGAGAAGUGUCCCUUCCGUGCUCCUGGGGCCUGAGUGGACUCCUGCAUUCCCACCUCGGCCAUUGACCCCACAGGGGUCCUAAGCCCUCCCUGUGCCCCUUCCCUGACUCCCUCUGCGCUGCCCAGCAGUGAGGGGCAGCGCUGCCACUCCAGAGACCCCUGUGAGCCUCUCCUGUCCCGUGGGCAGAGGCCGGACACUGCAAAGGGGUGCAGGGGGACCGAGGGGUGCGGGAUGCUGGAGGGAUCACCACUAAAAGCUGCUACGUUG